AUGGUAAAUAUGGGUCAAACUCUUUAUCAAGAAAGCAUUGACAUAGAUCAAGUGAUUCUUCCUCAAAAUCUUCCAUUAAGUGAAGGAGAGCCCCCAAUUGUUGGUAUUGAGGAAGCCAGGGCAGUGAUUCACACUAUUGGCCUCCUUGAUGUUGAAGGACCUAUAAGCCCAGGACCAGAGCUGGAACCACCUCCUAUUAGCUGUGCUGGAAGUGAAGUACUUGGAGAUGCAGUCUGUAAAAUUAUUUUGUUAGAACCAGAAAACAUGAGAAUGGUUUGUGAAAAUCUAAGUGGAAGAUUGCUUCCAAAGAAGCUAAGACAGUUCAUAUGGAUGGAUAAACUACUGAAAUCUGAUAAAUAUUACAAAGGAGAAAUUUCAAAAACUAUCGAGAAAGAGAUGCGAGGGAAAUAUGGCAGAACAUUAGAACACAAACUUGCGGAGCUGAAACUCAGAAGAGCAACUCGUUCUCCAAUAUCAGGCAUGAUAGAAAAUGCUGUGGUGGAGAAAUAUGGAAACACUCCAUGUAUGCAGAAUUUUGCAGCAGAUGAACAUAUGACCCUUGAAUCAAGCAAGACAUUGAAUGUGCUUUAUGUUUACAAUGGGACAUAUGAGCCUUACUUUAUUCACUGGCUUUUCCCCUUGCAAAUGGCUUUCAAACAAACACCAACAACAGCUGAACAUCCAUAUGAAUUAUUUAUGUACUUGCAUCUCCUGAUUAAAAACACAUUCCCUUCAUGGCUAGAAAUAUUUGCAAUGGCUGAACGAGUCAUGAGCACUCUGAAAACAGAGGAUGUUGAGCUGUUUACUCAUCUUCAACACAGUUUCCGAAAGAAUAUAAAUUUCGACCCAAAAGACUUCUUAGUAGAACUCAUUGCUCGAGAGAGAGCAGAGGCACUGAAACUAUAUGCACAUGACAGCAGGUCAGAUCAAUCUAUGUUGCAGGGGGAACUCUUGGCAAGUCCAGUAAUCUUUCUGAGGAAAUGGAUGGGUGAGGGUUUUGUAAACUCUCUGGAUUUACCUGCCGUUCUGCUUAUUUGGGACCAGCUGUUCAUGCAGGAUUGGAAUCACAAAGUGAUGGAGAGUUUCUGCCUAGCCAUACUCCUGCUACUGAAAGAUUCAAUUAUGUCUGCAAAGGAUUAUCCUGCGGUUAGACAGGUAUUCUUAUAUGAGGCAUGUCACCUGUUUACAUCUGAUAUACAGAGGGCUUGGAUUCACCUACAGCAAGGAGGAUUACCUGCAGAUAUCCCUGAAAUGAAUAGACUAAAAGAAAGGCAACUUCCCGAUCAGUCUCCAUGGCUCCAAGAAAAGAUCUGCUCACUGGGAGUGAAGGACAUUUUAAUGAAGUUAGUUUUACCACUGCAGAAGGCUGAUACAUCUUCAAAUGUAUGGUUGAAGUCUUUUGACCACAAUACCGUGGAGGUGACCGUUUCUUUGUUCUAUGGUGAUGUCUUGUUAAUUUCCAAGACCAGCUCUAUGAAACCUAUUCUGACAGAAAAACUCAAGCUAAAUGAAGGGAGCAAAAAUGAAUUAAUAUCUUUCACAAUAAAGCUUAAUGAUGUGUUUGAAUUUGAUUUCAUGGAUCGAUUUGAAUAUGUGAAUGACACAAAAUCUGGAGAAAAGCCAUUUUUGCUAUUGAAAGCGGUGUACAGCGAUGGGAUAAGAGAUGUAUUACCACUUGGAUGGACUAAAGUGAAAGCUUUUAAGCAGGAAACAAGCAACAUUUUUAAAGUAUGGAAACCGCAGGAAUCCUCAUUUUUUCUGUCAUUACAUCCUGGUGAGGAUCCAGAUAGCACUGAUGAGAGCACUCCAGUGUCUGGCAUGUCAAGUAUUCAACUGACAGUAUAUGACCCAACAAGCGAACGUCAAACAAAAAUAAGCACCUUGGAAAGAGAAAAAAGGUAG